GAGGCACUAUGGGAGUGGAAGCAUACAUGCCUGAGGAAGCUGCAUAUUACAAGUCCAAAAACAGUUGUUGAAAGCUCCCGUAUCAUGAGCUCUGAAACAAGUGGACAAACUAUAACAGUGAAGACAGAGGAGGCAGCAGCUGCUGCUACUAAUCCAGCUGCAGUGAAAGGAGAGUGGAAGUGCCCCCUGAGUGACCGUCAUGUUCAUAGAGAAGAUGUGAGAAAGGUCUGGAAAGAGUGCCAAGAGGAGAGCUUCUGGUACAGAGCUCUUCCCCUCUCUCUGGGCAGCAUGGCUGUCACUGGUGGUCUGAUCUACAAUGGUAUUUGGAAAUCAUCAAAGAGAUUUGGUCCCUUUCCAAAACUAGCAGCUGCUGGGAUCCUUGGUUAUGCAGUGGGGAAAGCAUCUUAUGUUGGAACUUGUCGAAGCAAAUUUCAGGGGCUUGGUUUUGCAGAUGAACCACGAUUUGGACCACCCUGGUCCAAGGGAGGUCCCUUCAAUAACUUUGGUCCUGGACACAGAUCAUGUCACCAUGUGUGUGAAGAAUGUAAGAAAAUGGCUCAAGCUGCACCUGCAGAAGAGGUGCAAAGCUAGAGGCUCAUUGGAAACACUGAAGGACUGUCUGUCAGCAUGGAUCUAUUAGUGGCAGCUUAUUGUUUAUUAAAUGUAAUAAAUACAGUAUAUAACUUG